GGUGUACACAAGUUCUUGUGGGCAUGGAAAUAAGCGCGGAAGUUCAGCAAGGCGGAACAAGCCACAGAAAUGAGCUCAAGAACCUCAGUAUGAAUAGGGCUAACUAUGAGAGCUGCUGAAUACUAUUGGCGGUGUGUAUGGGACAAGAACAAAGCUGUCUGGUUUGAAACCAGGUGCCAGAGCUUCAAGUCGCUUGUGAACGGAUGGUCCUAAUCACCCGUUACUGCUCCUCGAUUACUGAUUGCACCCAGGCUCAAACGUCCUGUGUCGAGAGAAGGAUGCAUGCGCCGCCUCAGAAUGAGAAAGGAGAUGACUCGAAAGAAAUGAAUGACAUCGAUUUAGUAUUCAACUUGUCUGAUAAGUUACAAUCCAAUAUAAGGUAGCUGGAGCUGAGGCUCGUUGAGCACAUCCAGAGCAUCGAAUGAGAGUGAAUACCUCGGCACAUGGGAACAGCUCGGAGAACGAAUGAUCGUAAAGUUCACCGUGAACCGCGUUUGAAGUAAGAGCUGUUGACCGCGGUUGCCUGUAUCAUAUCGAAUAUUGUCUCGCCCACACCGAGAUAACGGUCAGCGACCGACCGAAGAGUGGGGUCUGUGAUAAUUGUAGAGUCCGGGCUAACAAGAGAAGGCUGAGUGCGUGUCAUCAGCGAGCUCUCAUGUUUACUUGCCUGAACCCGCUCGAUCGGCGCACACCGGCGGCCAGAGUAGAGAUCAAAACAGCGUCGAACGCGUAGUGAAAUAGUCGGCCCAAUGCCAUAGAGUGAUUUGUGGAUGAGAGCUGGGCAAAGGGAGCUGCGUCGAGCUAUUUAUCCACGUUGUAGCCGUGGACGACGUAGUAGUUGCGGCAGAGUUGAUUUGAUAAUCAAAUUAGAGUAAGACCAAGUCUUUUCCAUCACUUGCUCAGGACAGUGCACAUAACUUAUGGGAAAACGCAAACGAGCUUCGAUUAAUCGCGAGACAAACUUGGAGGCCAGCAUCUCAACGCCGGGACUAUUACCACAAAAACGACAUUAUCGACAGAGAGCUCACGCGAAUCCAUUCUCUGAUCAUUCCCUCGAUUACCCUCCUGCGCCCGAUGCUGUAGACUGGGCUGCUCACUAUCCGGAGUGCCCUGGCCCCCCCGAAUUCGCCGAUGUCGGUUGUGGCUUUGGCGGCCUCUUGAUUGCACUGGCACCUCUCUAUCCCGAGAUCCGGAUGCUGGGCAUGGAAAUCCGGGUCCAGGUAUCUCAGUAUGUUCAAGAUCGCAUCGCUGCACUCCGUGUCACCGAAGAAAGCAAAUAUCAAAAUGUCUCGAUUGUCCGCGCCAAUGCUAUGAAGUUUCUCCCUAAUUUCUUCGACAAGCAUUCCCUCUCUGCCUUGUUUUUUCUCUUCCCCGAUCCUCAUUUCAAACAACGAAAACACAAGGCGCGGAUCAUCUCGCCAACGCUGUUGGCAGAGUAUGCCUACGCUCUUCGCCCUGGCGGAAUCAUUUACACCAUUACUGAUGUCCAUGAUCUGCACAUCUGGAUGAAGUCACACCUUGAGGCAUUCCCACUUUUCGAAGCCAUAUCCGAAGAAGAAUUGCGCCGACUGGGAAAGGGCCCUAUCAUCGAUGCUGUUUAUACGAGUACGGAGGAGGGCAAAAAGGUGGAGAGGAACAAGGGAGAAAAAUGGCUAGCGUGUUUUCGGAGAAUAGAUGCACAAAGAACGUGAUGUCGUUGCACGCUUUUGAACACUGUAAAUGUGCCAUGUAUCGUAUCGUGUAUGCGCUGUGUACGUAGAGACUGAGAAACUCAGCUCAGUGUGUGCAGUCACGACGUCUCGUCAAGUCCUGGUCACGUCACACUGGCACAUUCCCGAACCCAAGCGCGCAUGUCCGACUUCGACCACAGUCGCGAUGGAAAGGCUCCGUCUUUCGAGACUCUACAUAAAACGCCGCAGAACUCUCGUGUGGAAGAUUCGUCGUCGGUGCUGGCUCCCAUGGAAAUGACUCCCAGAGAUCAUGGCGCUUCCGUCUCGCCACCCGGGCACAACCAUCCCGCAACAACUCAAGUCACCGAAUCUUCUCUUCUUGAGCAUCCUCCUGUGCCCGUAAUCCCUGUCGAAGACCCUGCUGCACAGGCUCCUGUCGAGCGCACUCUCAAUGUUGCUGACGCCCUCGGCUACUUGGAUGCCGUGAAAACCCAGUUCAACGAUCGGCCAGACGUAUACAAUCAGUUUCUCGAUAUCAUGAAGGAAUUCAAAGGACAAUACAUCGACACCCCCGGUGUCAUCAAGCGUGUAUCUAGCCUUUUCAACGGCCACCCCGUGCUGAUUCAAGGAUUCAACACAUUCCUUCCUGCCGGUUACAGAAUAGAAUGCUCCAAGGAUGCUAAUAACUCAAGUUACAUAACUGUGACGACGCCGACAGGAACUACAACCACAACCACAACCACAUCGAGACCUCCUCCUCUUCCAGUGACUGCGGAUGGGCGCGCUGCGACCCCCGAAAGAUUGUCGAGUCGACAUCCUUCCGUCGAGCCGCCUCGUGAAAAACAAGCAAUCGAGCCUGCUGUCACCUAUGUGCACAAGAUCAAACAACAAUGCGACCCGGAAACGUACAGACAGUUCUUGGAUAUCUUGUCUCGGUAUCAUCAUCAGCCCGGAAACAUAGAUGAGGAGGAGGUCACGGCACAAAUUGCCUUUCUCUUCAAAGAUUCUCCAGAACUACAGAAAGACUUCGCACUGUUCUUACCAGACCGAGGAAAGCCACAGGACGACUCUUCUCAUUCCGAGAAAAGUAGACAACGGAGGACCGAGACUGCGACUCCAGCCACCGUUCUUUCCCACAAACGAAAGCGCAGGGAAGUAGUUGAGAUUGUGCCUAAGGUUGCUCCCAGCAAGCGGCAGAACAAAAAAGCCAAGCAGGCCGAUCCUGCGCCAACACAGACGCAACCUCCAGUACGGAUGUCUAGUCCUGUGCGACGACAGCCAGUCUCCAGGCCGACGACCUCAAGUUCCGCCCUUCCGGCUGCGCCAGAAGACUCUCCAGCACAUAUAUUUUUUGACAGGGUAAAGCGAGCGUUGGACGACAACCGGGAAACGUACAAUGAGUUCCUCAAACUCAUCAACCUGUUUACUCAGGACUUUAUCGACACGCCAAGACUUGUCCGCGAGAGCCGCAGUUUUCUUGGUGAUGGCGAGCUCAUGGUGAUGCUCAAAGAGAUCGUUGGCUGGGAUGAUCGACGAGAGAAAGAGUCUCGGAUGGAAGGGGGGUCAUGGACGCGGCCUGCCAUCGUGAAUCGCAAAGUGGACAAGUCUCAAGCUCGACUGAAUGCCGAGUUCGGCAGCUAUCGGAGGAUCCCCGACGCUGAUGCCAAUGUUGUUUGCUCCGGACGAGACGAGAUGUGUCGGCAAGUCCUGAAUGACUCGUGGGUAUCACAUCCGACAUGGACCAGUGAAGAGGUUGGGUUUGUCACUCCCCGAAUGAACCUGUACGAGGAAGCCCUGCAUCGAAGCGAAGAAGAGCGACUGGAGUACGACUUUCAUAUCGAGGCCAUCGUGCGGACCAUCUCCAUGCUGGAGCCCCUCAACAUGAAAAUGGCCGCACUCACCGUCGAAGAUAGAGCCGCAUUCAAACCCAAGCCGAAUCUCAAUGGACAGCUUAAGAGCAUUCAUCACAGGGCAAUGCAGGACACACCGGCUCUUGCUAUUCCAGUUGUUCUCCAGCGUCUCAAGCAGAAGGAGGAAGAGUGGAAACGGGGGCAGCGAGAAUGGAACAAAGUGUGGCGGGAGGUCGAUGCUCGAAACUAUUCCAAGAGUCUCGACCACCAAGCUAUUCAGUUCAAAGUCAGGGACAAGAAGGCGCUCACGAGCAAGUCGUUCGUUUCUCAGAUCGAGACGGCUCGAGAGGAACAAGUCACGAGACGGGCUGCUCUGAUAGAUCCCUUGUUUGCGCGAACGCGUCCCCGGCAUCAGCUCGAGUUCGUGAUGGACGAUACGGUGGUUCUUCAAGAUGCUCUCAAGUUGACGUUUUCUUUCUUGGAUCGGGCGCAAGGGCAAAUCAACUUUUCCGAGAGAAAACGAAUCGAGGGAUUUUUGAGGAAUUUUGUGCCGCUCUUUUACGGACUGGACGCCGCAGCUUUCAAUGCGGCAUUCGUCGUCGUUCAGCCGUCUCCAGAAAGUGAUCUUAGUGACGAGGACACGGAUACCUACAGUGUGUCUUCAUCGUCCCGAUUGCGGCCGUCACAUGCUGGCGACCUUCGCAAGCAGUUGCUCAAGAGCGAGCAGGCCAAGCUGAGCCAUCGGUCGACUCGCAACAACGACUCGCCUGCAUCAACUCGGCCUCCUUCUCCCGUGUCUGAAGCAGAGUCUUCAAGAGCGGCAUCUAUUCGGGGCACCUUUUUCACCAACACUAUGUUCUAUACGCUCUUGCGGUUGAUCGAGGUUCUGUUCUCUCGGCUCAAACUCUUGAAGGAUGUCGCUGCUGGUCUCUUGACAAGGGAUAUGUCCAGUGUCCCCAGAGAUCCUGGCGCGUUUGCGCACCAAGAGAUUGUGCCAUUUCGGGAUCUGAGCUCCCAUGCGGAGCAUUUCUACAACAUUAUGCUAGAAUCGUGCGAGCGCUUGUUCGACAACGAGAUGGAGCAGCAUGUCUUUGAAGACCAAAUGCGUUUCAUGUUUGGAAUCAAGCACGCGCACAAGAUCUUCACUGUUGACAAAGUUGCAGGUGUUCAAGUCAUUCUGGGCGACUCUCAGAGUCAAGAUUUGCUCGAGCUUUUCAAGCGGGAACGGGCAUUGACAUCAUCCACUACACAAGACCUAGUCAACAGUCGAAAAAAUGCUGAGAAGAUCCUGGGUCCUGACGAGAAUCUCUUCCGGGUCGAUUGGGUUUCCGCCGCGAGUCGCAUGACAAUCCAAUUGAUUGGGAAAGACGACUCGAGCUUCGAUGACUCGGAGGUCCUGAACGGUCGUUGGCAAUCUUACAUGGAAUCCUUUGUGACGACGAAUGUCAGCGACGGUGUCACCGCGGCCCGGGUUCGCCGACCCUUCCUGCGAAGAAACAUCUCGACCGGGCCGGCCGUCCCGAAAAUGCUCACUCGGGAUGGACUGGAAAUCAAAAUCUGCGUCAGGACGUACCGUUUGUUCUAUGGAUCGCAGACUGAGGAUUGGCUGUUCAAAACCGACUCGCGUGGGAAGUUAUCCAGUCUAGUCGAGAAGAAGGCCGUUCGUCGGAAGCUGUGGCUGGAAAAGGAAGCUGUGUGA